AGCAGGUGUGCUUGACUUCAGGGAGGGAGUGGACUUGGGAGAUCUUUAGCAGGAACUAAAAGAUUUACCAGCCUUUGUUUUCUUUUUGUGACCUGCCCUGCAGGGCUCAAGCAUGUGUAGCUGUUGUGCUGUGUUAGUCUUUUGCUGCUUGGGACUGCUGUCUGCAGUUUCUCUUCCAGAUCAGAACCUGAAACCUCAGCUUGGAGACCUUCAGCUUGCAACAAAUAAUCCCACUCUUACCACAGUUGCUCUAGAGAAACCUUUCUGUAUGUUUGAUAGCUCAUUGUAUCCAAACAGAUCUUAUGCCAUCUACUUGUAUGUAAUGAAGGAAUCAGCAAGUGCGAUGAACUCCCUCGUGACUGACAACAGCAGCAAACCCCUGGGCAGCACAUUCCAGCAAAUGAGCGGGGGACAGCUUGGACCUUACAAUGCUGCCUUCUUCAAUGUACCCGACUGUGCAGUGCACUCCAAGCUUGCUGAUGUAGGAGACAUGAGCAAAGCUCCUGAUGUCCUCAAGCAGUACCUCUUCAGAGUUGGGGAUGAUGGGACUUGUCUAUAUGACCCAAACUUCCUAGGGAUCUGUAACCCACCGCUUGCCCCAGGCACGACAUACAGGUUUAAAUACGUGUUGGUAGAUAACUCUGACGGUAUCAUGAAAGACCAAACUCUUUGGUCUGAUCCAAUCAAAACCAGAAGCGCCAAACUUCCCAUGAAAAUUGAUACCUGGCCUGGUCGAAGGAGUGGAGGCAUGAUUGUCAUCACAUCAAUUCUAAGUGUUUUGGUGUUCCUUCUGAUUACUGGCUUCCUUGCUUCUGUGUUUUCUGCUGUUAUGGGAUCAGAAGAUGCUUCUGCAGAGACAAAGAGCAUGUCUCCAACUGUUCAACAAAGUGAACCGAGACCAUAGCUGAGCUCUGAGUGAAAAACCUGGUUCAUGUCAAGCUGGAAACACAACUGAAUUGUUACAGGUGCUAGACCUACAGGACUGUCUCCUACUGAACUCAACACUGGUCCACUGCUACAGUAUGCAAACAAGCAACUGCACAUGAAUAACACAGAUGAAAUAAGGACAACUUUAAAAAAUAAUAACGCAGUAUGUGAUAUCCUGUCUUGCCCUAAUUAGAUUUCAUUUAACUAACUGGCUUUUAUAGCAUCCAUCAGGUACCUCGUCUGAAGUAAGAAGAUUAAUGAGACCCUUCAACUUCAGUGGUGUGAUGACAGGUUGUCUUGUACAUGUUCUCAUGUUGAGUCUGCAGACAUCUGAUGUGCUUCUCAUGAUCAGAUGAUCAUGAUGUAGCCAUUUGUGUCUCAACUUUUCUCUACAGUGACUGCUGAGGAAUUAAAGAAAUACAGGCUCCUUUAGAAAACAAUGUUCUUAGAGAAAACUAGGAUUAAAAGGUAGACAACAGUGAGCUGCUGCUUCCUUAAGAUUUUGGUGACAAUUUGCAGUAAGUCUUCCAUUUUUUCCUCUCUUUUCUUAAAAAGAAGCAACCAAGUUCAAAUUGUCCUGUAUGUAGCAGAGUAAUUUUGAUCUCCAAUACUUAAAUACCCUCAAAUAGCUUUACAGGGAUAAUAGCAAACAAAAUUACUUCAAUGAAGGUGUGUUCUUUCAGAGCUCAGUAUAAUCUGCUGAUGGGCUAGUAACGUGGAGAUACUGCUUCAGUGGAAAAAACAUGAGUAUAUUCACUGCACUCAGGGCGGGCCUCAUUCCUCACCUUUACCUUAGGCAGCAGCAAGCCAGCACUCCUCACAUCUUAGUAUCUGUAUCUAGGUUGAAGGGGGGGGUGUUUGGAGGUUCGUUUGAGCUAAUGCUUUGUUUCUUCAUUUUGUGAUCAGCUGGAGAGUAGAAAUAAAGUUUUGCAUCAGAUUUAA